AUGUCAUCAGUGGAAAAGAAGCGCCUUCGAGAUCGCCGGUCGCAACAGACUCUUCGCGACAAAAAGUUGCGGCACACAGCGGAACUCAAAGAACAAGUGAUCCAUUGUCAGCAAUACCACAAUGACCAAGGCGUGCAACGGCUUCUUCAGGUGAUCAGCGGACUUCGCGAACAAAACGAGGCCCUUAUUAACCGCCAAAGAAGCUUGAAAUCAUUUAUCGCCUCAUGGGACAGAGAUUGGGAGGCUUUGCCAAGCGCAGAUCGCUCUAACCAGAAUGGGGUGUACCUCUACAAGGAGAUGAGAAGCCAAGAGCUUCAGUGCCCGCAAAUUCAGCGGGAUAGCAAUGAGCUUGCUCCAUCAAGAGGAUCAAAUGGACCAACCAAUCCUUUGUCGGCUACACCAACAACAUCCCCGCGCACAGAGUCACCCACGGAAUCCCUUCCAGCAAAUAAACUGCCUCCAUGGAAUCAGAUCCCACUGCAUAGCGAUGACUUCACCAACGUACGGACAAUUAUUUCGUGUCCCUGGCUUGGCUACCCAGAAAAGAUAACGCCUUGUCCGGAUAUCCCGUCGUCCGCCCUGGACAUCCUCUAUGGCACCAAAGCCAACCCACUAGCCGACAUGAUUCAUACGGCCCUUCAGAGACGCCCAAUCCGAGAUCCAGAGCGAUUAGCGAUUGGUUGGCUUUCCUACCACAUGACACGAUGGAUUAUAUCACCCAGUCCAGCAACUUUUGAACGACUGCCUGCGUUCCUGAGACCGACACAGGAGCAGAUGCAAAUCGCACAUCCUGCCGUAUUGGAUUUUAUGCCGUGGCCAAAGCUUCGAUUGAACUUGAUGCAUAGGUGGCAUUUGUAUGUCAAAGAUCGUGACGAUCUGUUUGGCAUGUUUGCGUGUUGUAUUAAAAUCCGUUGGCCGUGGGGUGAGGAUAUCCUUGAGCGGAAUAAUGAAAAUGAAUUGAUCAUUAAGCCGAGGUUUUAUGAUACUUUCAUGCGUGCGAGUGGUUGGGGUCUUACUCCGGAGUUUAUUGCGAGAUAUCCGGAUCUUUUUGUUGGAAUUGAUAUUAAUUCUAUAGUAUUCGAGCUUGUGUAA